GAAUCCAAUUGAAACAAGAGUCAAAGCCCUAAUACUAUUUUGAUAAAGAACAACCAAAUGGGGAAGCUUGAGUUUCUGGUUGGAGGGAGGACCGACGAUGACUUUCAAAACCUUGGUUGUGUAUAUAAAGAGAUGAAGGAGGGAAUGAAGGUGCUCGGUAAUCCAGAAAGAGAGAAUUGGAAAAGAGACAAACGUAGCAAUGGAGGGUUCUGCUACAAAUGAGGUUAAACAGGGAAAGAAAAAAAAUAAAGAGAGAGAAAGUCCUUGUGAGAAGGAGAAAGAAAUUCCUAUUCCUUUUGAUGCUGAGAGAGAGAAAGAAAUCCUCUCUGAUUUACUCCUCAGAGACGGAAACACAGAAAUGGAGAACGUUGAGGUUAGGCAGCAAGAGAGAAAGAGCAAAGACAAGGAAAAAGAAACCCCUCCUGGUUUCCUUGGUGAGAGAACCACAAAAACGGAGGCCCAUGCUAAUGUUGAGGUUAUAAGAGAGAGCGAGACAAAAGGCGAGGAGAGGGAAAUAGAAGCCCUUCCUAACGUUGAGACAGAGAAAAACAGCCCUCUUGAUUUUAUUAGAGAGAGAGAAACGGAAAUGGAGGCCCUUGCGGACAAUGAGGUUAGAGGGAGUAAGAAAAAGGGCGAGGAAAGGGAAAAUCAUUGUGAGAGAAAGAAAGAUAUCCGUCCGAGUGAGAGAGAGAAAGAAAAAAAAACCUCUCCUGGUGCCGAGAUGGAGAACGAUGCACCUCCUAAUGAUGAUAUCUGCCCCAUUUGCUUUGAAAACUACAACAUUCCAUGCAAGACGAAUUGUGGACAUUGGUAUUGCGCGAAUUGUAUUAUUACGUUCUGGCUCUAUAAAAGCCUUUUUCUACGUUGCAAAUGCCCAUUGUGCAAUCAACCCAUCAAAAUAAUGACGCCUGAUCCAUCUCUAUCCCUUCGUACUGAGAAUGAAGUUGUUGAGGCCUUGUUUAUAAUUCAGGCCUAUAAUCGUCUUUCUGGAGGUGGAGUCCACAGCCUCAUCUUGAAAAUGCGGCUGCUAUCGCGUCUGGCACCAAUGUACUUGAAGAGACUCCUUCCCUAUCUGUUACCUGCGAUUUUGGUGGUGCUAAUUGUGAUUGGAGUUAUUAUGUUCCUGAUGUUGAAGAGAUAUUCUAGAGGACUCUUGGAUCCUGAUAAACUUAUACUCAACUUUGCCAUUGCCCGCAUCGUUGCUUUAGCUUUGUCACUUUCCUACAACUACUAUGGCUUUGGAUUUCUUCCUGGAGGGUUCUGGGGGGUCAGUACAAUCUUUGAAUGUUGUACAGUGGGUCUUGUACUCGUCCUCGCUGCAGUUGGUCUCUUUCGCAGAAUCACCAAUAAUCGUCUUCAACCUCAUCGUCGAAGUCGAAGAGUACUCCCUCCCGUCGUUGAGCCACUACCUCCUGUUCCUGGGCCUUAAUUGCAGGCUAGCUAGGGAUCGAUCCUGCCACCAAAUAUCCAUAUCCUUUUGAACCGACAGUUGCACGAUAUGAAAAGGAUCACAAAACUCGCAAAUCUCAAGGCAUGCAUGAUUGUGUUGCCGCCAAUGUAUUAGACUAAAAUACAUGUAUAAUGGGGAAGAUAAGUCCAUACUUGGUAGCGCGGUGCAAUUUAUACUAAUUCUCUCGCAUCAAAGUAAACA